CUGGAAUGUUUCGAGGUGUUUGGGCCAAACUGUCCGACACGUUGCAGAACCAGCAGACCUCUGAUUGAAGCUACCUGACCGACUGCAGGAGGCUCUGGAGGAUCCUCUGGAUCAGGAUCAGUGCUUCUUUUACCCAUCUGACUCGACUGAAUCGCUGCGAUGAAUCAAAGCAAGGUUGAAUUUGAGCCUUUUGAAUAUUCCUACUAUGAUUAUUCAGAUUGGUACAACGCAGAGCCGACUAAACCACCCAAAGAAGUUAUUUUACCAUGUGACCCAACAGCUGACGACAGACUCUUCCACAUAUGUAUACUAUCAAUAUCUUUGGUGAUCAUGUUAAUCCUGGCUGGUCUCACCAGGAAAAACAAGUUCUGUCAGGGAUUCACACGAGGAUCCUCCAGCAUCUUCAGUCCAGCCAACUUUCUGGACCAGACUCAGAAAAAAGGACUGGUCAUGGCGGUUUUUGGACUCGUGUUCAGUAAGCUGGCGAUGCUGGUGAUCAGUCCAGACCCUCUGCCUUUCUGCAAAGACACUCCGGCUGACAUUAAAGAGUACAUGAAGAUUAUCGCUAUUUUCUACUAUCCGCUGCUGUAUUACCCUCUGUUGGUUUGUGGGACUCUGCAGCACAAAGCUGGUUAUGUGUUCGGGACGAUUCUCUCCUUCAGUCACUUCGGGGUUCUUGUUUGGCAAAAGUUUGACUGUCCAAAGACUCCAGAGCUCUAUAAGUUCUACGCUCUGCUUGCCAGUCUGCCUCAGAUUUGCUGCCUUGCUUAUCUCUGUGUCCAGUUUCCUUUACUGUUCGUUAAAGGAUCAACGACUGACGAGGACCUGGACAGCAGCUACUACACCAACUACGUGAAGUCACUUCUCAAGAAGUCAUCAGCUGCCAGUUCUGCAGCUACAGACAAACUGACGCUGCUGCAGAGAAUACUGGAGGUGCCUAAGAGUUAUAUCUAUUUGCCUGAGAAAGUGUUCCGUUUUCCUCUAAAGCUGGCUGUGUCAGUGUUUAUCACCUGUGUGGCCAUUUAUCAUACGGCCCUGUUGUUAGUCGUCCUGGUGGUUCCUACCCUACACAUAGUUCGAGCUGGUAUUGAUGAGAACAUCGCCUUCCUCUUGCUGGGCUUUGGAAUCAUCCUAUCAGACGACAGGAUGGAGGUCGUCAGAAUCGUUACUUUCUACACUUGGCUGCUGGAAGUGUGCUACCUGUGUGCCCUGACUCUGUCCUGUCUGCUCAGUCUGAUUAUGCUCAUGAGGUCCAUGGUUCUCCACAGAUCCAACCUGAAAGGACUGUACAAAAGGGAUAUUUACAACGUUUAUAACAGCCAGAAGACGAUCCGUCCAUCCAGAGCUGGAGUUGUCUGUUGGAUGGGCCUGACAGGAUACCAGGCUGCCAUCGUCUGUCUCGGAAUGGCGAUUCAGACUGUCGUCUUUUUCAUCUGCUUCUUGUUUCUGGUGUUUCUCAUCAUCGUCCCCAUUUUUUACGGCCGGAACUUUAUUAUCUUUGAACUUGCAGGAGAGGCCUGGCCGGCUUGGGUCACUCUGAUUCUGGUCACAGCUCUGCAGCACGUCGCUGCUAAGUUUGCCUUCAUCAAGAAGGCAGCUGGAACCAGAGACUUAAACAACAGAGAGUCUCUGUUCCUCCUGACUUAUCUGCUGUUCCUGAUCAACACCGUGGUCGGACUGAUUGUUGCGGUCUGGAGGAUAGUGAUAACGGCUUUGUUCAACAUCGUCCAUCUGGGUCGAAUCGACAUCAGUCUGCUGCACCGAACUGCAGAGUCCUACGAUCCAGCCUACAAAUACUACACCCACUUCCUGAAGGUGGAGGUCAGUCAGUCCCACCCGGUAAUGAAGGCUUUCUGUGGGCUGCUGCUGGACAUGAUGGUGGAAGGUGGAAGAGCUGGACAGAAAAUACGAGACGCAGAAGAAGGGAUUCAGGAGAACCGUCCCAGCAAGGCGACCAGCAGCCGGAGGAUUCGCUGUCGCUGGCAGCUGCUCUACACUCUGGUCAACAACCCGUCACUGCUGGGCUCCAGGAAGCACUUCCAGACGCUGCAGAGCUCCGAGAGCGUCCUGAAUGGAACCCCCAACCGAAGCUCCAAGAAGGAGGUCGACAAGCCGGCAGCAGAACCGGAUCAGUCCGAGACUCCAGCAAGCCCGGAUAAAACUGAGUGAGAUCCAGCGUGAUCUUGGUUGGAGUGUUGUUGGCCCCUGAAUAGAAUAAAAUAAAAUGUCAGGGUUUAUCCAAAGGAGCUUUAAUGAAGGGCAAAUCAGAUACAGUCAGCAGCAAAAGUUUAGAUACACUUAUAAAGUCCAUGUAUAUCAUGGUGGGCUUGAGUUUCCAGUGACUCCUAUAACUUUGACUAACUUAUAAGUGUCAUUGGGUUCCUGUAUGUAUUUGUUAAAGGUCUUCUGGUUCAAAAAUAUACGUACAGAAAUGUUAAUAUUUGGUCAAAUGUCCUUUGGCCAGUUUCACCUCAACUAUAGGCACUUAUGGUAGCUGUCUACAAGCUUCUGGUUGUAUCUUUGACCACUUCUAUUGACAGAAUUGAUGCAGUUCAACUAAAUUUGUUGGCUUUCUAACACAGACUUGUUGGCUCAUCGCAGUCCACAGAGCAUUGAUGGAGUCAGGACUUGCCCUGAUUCAACCACUUCUUUACCAUUUGUGAUGUGUGUUUGGGGUCAUCGUCUUGUUGGAACAUCCAACUCUGUCCAAGGUUCAACUUUCUGGCUGAAGAUUUUAGGUUUACCCCAAGAAUAUGGAGGUAAUCCUCCUUCUUCAUUAUUCAGUUUACUUUGUGUAAACAACCAGUACCGCUGUCACCAAAAGAGCCCCAAAGCAUAAUACUGCCACCACCGUGCUUUAUGGUAGGUUUGGUGUUCUUGAAGUUAAAGGCCUCACUCUCUCUCCUCCAAAGAUAUUUCUGCUUAUUCUGGCCAAAUAGCCCAAUUUUUGUUACAUCUGACCACAGAAAUUUCCUCUUGAAGGCAUGUUCUUUGUCCAUGUGAUCAGCAGCAAACUUCAGUGCAGCUUUAAAGUUCUGCUUCCAGAGGAAGAACUUCCUCCUUCAUGGAGCCUCUCAGCUAAUGUUGAUAUAAAACACUGGACACUGACAGUUGUGUUCCAGCAGUGUUCUAAUUCAUCACAAACCUGCUUUUUGGUGAUUCAUGGAUGACUCUUGAUCAUCCUGGCCAGAUGUCUCUCAGCAGCAGGUGAUGGUUUGUGUUUUCUCCCUGAUUGAGGCAGUAACACAAGUGGACUAUGGACUUUAUCCAGGUGCUUUGCAAUCGUUGCAAGGGACUUUCUUGGAUUUUCACGUCAAUAACUUGCUUGUUUAGACCUUUGCUGAGCUCCUCAGACUUUCCCACUGCAGUGUUUGUAACUGAGUGUAUCAGAUGGGUUCCAUUUAAGUCAGCUCAUAAGAGUCAGCAGCUGUAGUUAACUGUAAUCACUCAUGAGAUGUUAAGAGGUACGCCACAAAGAAAAUUUGAUCACCACAGCUUUCUACAUCACCAAAACCAAUAAUUCAAGUUACUGUAUGUAUAUAUUUGAUUCAGCUUUUUAAAAAUUUCCAGAAGACCUAUCAUAAAUAUUUUAGAGACUGUUUGUCGUGACAAAGACGCGUGUGUUGAUCAUAGAAAGCGAAGAAUUAUAGGAGUCAUUGGAAACUCAAGACUGCUAUGAAAUACAGUCUUUACCAGUGCUUUUUUAGGACUGUACAUGGUGAUGAAGAAGCUUACUUUUUUAGGCUUUAACUGCGCUCUGAAUGUGAUUUAUUGCUUUCUGAUAGGUGCAUGAAUGUUUAAAGUAAACACAUAGAUUUUUAUCUGCCACAGAUUGUUGCCCCUGUAUCUGUUCCUGAUGUAUUUGUCCUCCAUUACAGUUUGCUUGUCUAAACCCUGCAUCAUCCAUGAACAAACACUGACAUUUAACAAAUCUAAAUGCAAAUAAGAGCCGACUGGGGCUCCAGCAGAAACCACAGAUCGGUGUCUGUUACUGGCUGUGCAGUAGUCUAGAGGCUUUCAUAUUGACGUUCACAAUGCACAGACUGACGGCGCUGAUCAAUGUCAGCAUCAGAACUGGAGUAGAAGAUCAAUUGCAGGUCAUAGUUUAUUUUUGUCCCGGGUUAAUGUGGCCCUGUCAGCACGUUCUCAUAUGUUCUCUGCUCUGUGUUCUGAUGCUGUUAGGAUUUUUUUUUUUUUUUUUUUAGUGUAACAGCUAGUAGAAUAAAUAAAUAGUAAAACAUGAAAAUCUCUGAAAUUGGAGCUGCAAGAACUUCAUACUUACAGCAGAAUAAACUUUGGUUGCUAUGCUAUAAAUUGCAAUAUGAUGUCUGAAUAUCUGCUGUUAGACGUUUGGAUUAAAUUAUUCUUGUAUUUCAGCUUUAUAAUAAUUACUAAUAAUUUAAAGGAUUAAAUACACAUGACAUUGCACAUUACUGCCCAUUUAGAUGACAAAUUGCAGUUUUCUGUUACAUUUAUUUCCUUUAUGCUGUUUUAAUGGAUUUACAAAUAAACUGUUUUUCAAAAAUGUGACAAGUGACUGCUAAAGAAAAAUAAAAGACACAAUUAGAAAGUCUGGUAUUAUA